AGUUUUAUUAGUGUGAGUUUAAAAUUUUAAAUUUCUCUUUGAAAGAUAUAAUUUUAGAUACUUUACUUUUUAAUACUUCACUAAGGAAGACCAUGUUACGAUUUUUAAUGAUUUCAUUUAUCUGCUCGUUGGAUUUACUGAGUGCUCAUCCUAUGGAGGAACCGACAAAAUUCACUGUUGGCAUACAAAAUAAUACCGAAAACACUGUACCCUCAAAACUGGACAUUACAGAGCAAAUAAAUAGUGAAUUCCGAAAUAGUCUUAAUCCAUCAAUUAUUAAAUCUGAUAAACCUCAAAGUCGCAGAUCAAUACUACCUAUACAAAAUACCACUCCAAUAGUUUUAUUUCAACCAAUACCGCAAGAAACAAUUCGUUUAGAAAAUGAGACCGCCCAAGCUAUUUUAGAAAAACGAAAACCUGACAACAUUAUGCGACUUUUGGAUACUUUCUUGACAUCAAAGCCACUCGUUGAUCGAAUUAAGGAUGAACAAAAAUAUGGUAAUAGGGGAGAUAAAUUUAAUGGAAUCGGAAGGGCUUUCAUUAAUGGUUACGAGAAUUUCAGCAAUUUUUUGAAUAACUUAAUAGAGUUCCCUGUUGAUAUCGUUAAGCAAACUUCUCGAGGAAUAACGCAAAUGUUGGAUAAAUUAGGAGCACGAAUCGUCGGACUCGAAUAA